CGGCGGCGCCGUGCCACCGGGACGACCUCCUGUCGCUGCGGGCCUUCGCGGGGAAUCUCACGGCGGGCGGCGCCGGCCUCCGCGCCGCCUGGUCGGGUGAGUCCUGCUGUGCAUGGGACGGCGUCGCCUGCGACGCCGCCGGCCGCGUCACGGCGCUGCGCCUCCCCGCCCGAGGCCUUGCGGGUUCCAUCCCCUCCUCCCUCGCCGGCCUCGCGUCGCUUCAGGACCUCGACCUCAGCCACAACGCGCUCACCGGCGACAUCUCCGCCGUCGCGGCCGCCGCCUCCCUCCGGACGGUGAACCUGUCCUCGAAUCUGCUCAACGGCUCGCUCUUCGACCUCGCCGCGCUGCCGCACCUGACAGCACUCAACGCCACCAAUAACUCGCUAUCCGGCGCGCUCGUCCCCGACCUCUGCGCGGGCGCGCCGGCGCUGCGGAUGCUCGACCUCUCCGCCAACCUCCUCGCCGGCUCCCUGUCGCCGUCCGCCGAGCCGCCGCCCUGCGCCGCCACGCUCCAGGAGCUCUACCUCGGCUCCAAUUCCUUCCACGGCGCCCUACCCGCGGCGCUCUUCGGCCUCGCCGCGCUGCAGAAGCUCUCCCUCGCCUCCAAUGGCCUCGCCGGCCAGGUCAGCCCUCGUCUCCGGGACCUCAAGAACCUCACCUUUCUGGAUUUGUCCGUGAACCGCUUCUCCGGCCGCCUCCCCGACGUGUUCGGCGACCUCACGUGGCUCCAGCAUUUGACCGCACACUCCAAUAACUUCACCGGAUUGCUGCCACGGUCACUGUCGUCGCUGUCAUCUCUCCGUGAACUCAACCUCCGUAACAACUCCCUUUCUGGUCCAGUUGCUCGCCUCAACUUUUCCGGCAUGCCAUUUCUCGUGUCCAUUGACCUUGCCACAAACCACUUGAAUGGGUCUCUCCCGAUUAGCCUCGCGGAUUGCGGCGAGCUCAAGUCACUCAGCCUUGCCAAGAACAGCCUCACCGGCCAAUUGCCCGAGGAUUACAGCCGUCUCGGGUCGCUCUCCGUGCUCUCGCUGUCGAACAACAGCAUGCACAACAUCUCGGGGGCGCUUACUGUGCUCCGUGCUUGCAAGAACCUCACCACGCUGAUUCUCACCAAGAAUUUCGUCGGUGAGGAUCUGCCCGAUGAUGGCAUUGACGGAUUCGACAAUCUGGAGGUGUUGGCAUUUGGUGAUUGUGCUCUCAGGGGAAGGGUCCCGGAAUGGUUGCAUCAGUGCAGGAAAUUGGAGGUGCUUGAUUUGUCCUGGAACCAAUUGGUUGGCACCAUCCCGGAGUGGAUCGGUGAACUUGAUAACCUGACCUACUUGGAUCUUUCAAACAAUUCCUUAGUUGGCGGGAUACCAAAGAGUUUGACGCAGCUCAAGAGCCUUGUUACUGCCCGACAGUUGCCAGGCAUAGCUUUUACUAACAUGCCUCUGUAUGUGAAGCAUAACAGGAGCACAAGUGGCCGGCAGUACAACCAGCUCUCAAACUUCCCGCCGUCCUUGUUCUUGAAUGAUAAUGGUCUGAAUGGGACUAUCUGGCCUGAAUUUGGGAACUUGAAGGAGCUACAUGUUCUGGAUUUGAGCAAUAAUGCCAUAUCUGGGAGCAUUCCUGAUGCACUGUCCAGGAUGGAGAAUUUGGAGGUUCUUGAUCUGUCAUCCAAUAAUCUCAGUGGAUCUAUUCCAUCAUCCCUGACGGAGCUGACAUUCUUGUCAAAGUUCAGUGUGGCGCACAAUCAUUUGGUGGGGCCGAUCCCAGAUGGAGGACAGUUCUUCACCUUCACAAACUCAAGUUUUGAGGAUAACCCUGGUUUGUGCAGGUCAAGUUCUUGUGACCAGAAUCAGUCUGGGGAAACACCUACUGACAAUGACAUGCAGCGAAGCGUCAGAAACAGGAAAAACAAAAUUCUUGGAGUGGCAAUCUGCAUUGGGUUGGUACUUGUGGUAUUGUUGGCUGUUAUUUUGGUUAACAUUUCAAAGAGGGAGGUCAGCAUUAUUGAUGACGAAGAAGUGGAUGGAUCCUGUCAUGAAGUUAAUGAUUCCUACUGGAAGCCAGUGCUUUUCUUUCAGGAUUCUGCCAAGGAGCUAACUGUCAGCGAUCUCGUCAAGUCAACAAACAAUUUUGAUCAGGCCAACAUAAUAGGAUGUGGUGGGUUUGGCCUUGUGUACAAGGCCUACCUCCCUGAUGGAACAAAGGCAGCAGUGAAGAGGCUCUCUGGAGAUUGUGGGCAGAUGGAGAGGGAGUUCCGUGCUGAGGUGGAAGCUUUAUCACAGGCACAACACAAAAACCUUGUUUCACUGAGAGGGUACUGCCGCUAUGGAAAUGAUAGGUUGCUGAUCUACUCAUAUAUGGAGAACAAUAGCCUGGACUACUGGCUGCAUGAGAGAUCAGAUGGUGGCUACAUGCUGAAAUGGGAGUCAAGGCUCAAAAUUGCUCAGGGUUCGGCAAGGGGACUGGCUUACCUGCACAAGGAUUGUGAGCCCAAUAUCAUCCACCGAGAUGUGAAGUCAAGCAACAUUCUUCUGAAUGAAAAUUUUGAAGCGCAUCUGGCUGAUUUCGGGUUAGCAAGGCUGAUACAGCCUUAUGACACUCAUGUGACAACUGAUCUAGUUGGUACAUUGGGAUAUAUACCGCCCGAGUACAGCCAAUCGGUGAUUGCCACUCCAAGAGGGGACGUCUACAGCUUCGGCGUCGUCUUGCUAGAACUUCUGACCGGCAGACGGCCCAUGGAUGUUUCCAAAGCUAAGGGAUCGAGAGACCUGGUCUCCUGGGUUCUUCAGAUGAAAUCCGAAAAGAAGGAAGAACAUAUCUUUGACACCCUGAUAUGGAGCAAAGAAAAUGAGAAGCAACUGUUCUCAGUCCUGGAGACGGCAUGUAGGUGCAUCAGGACCGAUCCUCGGCAGCGCCCAUCGAUCGAACAAGUCGUUGCUUGGCUUGACAGCAUAUGAUCGUAAUUCUGUGUGUUUUAAGUUGUUCGCUGUUCAUUUUGGAUUGCAGGGUAGGCCAAGCAUGAGAAUGAGACAGAGAGUAUAGGAGCAAUUGAGUUGAGUGGUAGUAAUAAUUUAGGAAAUGCAGUCUAUCUGAUGUACAUAGCUUAGCGUCGUUUUGAAAUCCAGAAAUAAACCUGGAUCUUGUUUUGUCAUCUGAAAACUUAGCUUCCCAGUAAAACCAAUCAAGAGUUGAGUACAUUGUAGUAUGCCUUUUUGGCGUUGCAGCAGUUGUCCUGGUGAUCACUGGUGUGAUGAAAUAUAAUGUUGUUUGUUAUUUUGUCCUGUAAAAACUGAAUUUUUGUGGCAGCUUAUGAUAUAGGAUUACAUCACAGCAGAUUUC